AUGUCGUCCCGAGCGUUUUCCAGUACAGUCCAUGAUAUGGCGAUGUGCGGGCUCGCUCUACUGUUGUGCACGAGUGUCGUACUUUCGGCAAGAAACGAAGCCAUGACUUACACGCAGUUUUAUCGACAGAUUCAGGAGCGGGCUACCCAGUACCACGUCCCAGGCCCGUUCAAAGACUUUGGCAAAGGUCCCGAGCUCGGAAAGUGUGGAAUUGACGACCCGUGGACUUGUUUGUAUGAAUAG